AGACAUCUAGUGGCGAAUUGAAAAAGCUUCUGCAUUGUAUUUGAUUCUACAUUUUCAUUAUAAGCAUGUGUUUCAUUUUGGGUUAAUUGUCUGUUUUAUAUGUAGAAGCAGAAUGCGAGAAGAUUAAACGAUAUAUAUAAAAAGGAUAUAUAUAAAAAGUGAAGAUACUUCUCAUUAUUAUAAAUAUUGAAAGUUGUCAUUAUAAUUUAUUUCAUUUGUGUAUACAGAAUCAUUAAAGUAUUUUGCUAAUAUAAAUAUUUGAAAGAAAACUAUUUUCCUUUUUGUUUUAUUAACGUUAAUUAUUAGUAAUUAAUAUAUAUGUAUAUUUAUUUAUAAUUGUAAUUAUGGCAAAAGUUAUUACGAAGAAAAAGAAAUUGAAGAGAUUAUCUACUAAGGAAGAGUUGGAGCUUUCUGAUAAAUCGGAAUUAAUAGAUAAAAUAUUGCAAUUAGAAGCUUAUAAUAUGCAACUUCAAACGAUACUUAAAAAAACUGAAACGAAUGAAAUGGAACGAACGAAAUGUCAUAAUAAGACUCAAAAACAGUUUGAUUUCACAAAGUGUCACAAAAGACAUAUUUUAUUAAAAUUGUACUACUUAGGUUGGGAUUAUGAUGGUUUUACAUGUCAAGAAGGAAAUAAUAAUACUAUUGAACAUCAUUUAUUUUCUGCUUUAAUAAAAAGUUGUUGUAUAGAGUCUCGUGAAAAAGCAAAUUAUCAUCGUUGUGGUAGAACAGAUAAAGGUGUUAGUGCUUUCUCUCAAGUAAUUAGUUUAGAUGUACGCAGCAAAUUGGAACCUGAGAAACAAAGUGAUUUACAAAAUGAAUUAUCAUAUUGUAAAAUAUUAAAUCGUUUACUUCCUCAAAAUAUAAGAUGCAUAGGUUGGAGUCCAGUUCCAAGUGAUUUCUCUGCUAGAUUUAAUUGCAAGGAUAGGACAUAUAAAUAUAUUUUUCCUAGAGGAAAAUUAAAUAUUGAUGCUAUGAAUAAAGCUGCUAAAUAUACUAUAGGCACACAUGAUUUUCGAAAUAUUUGUAAAAUGGAUGUUGCCAAUGGUGUGAUAAAUUUUAAAAGAAGAAUAAUUGAUGCUACAGUUUCUGUAAAACAAAAUGAUUAUAAUAAUCCAGGAUAUGAUAUAUGUGAAUUAAAAAUAACAAGUCAAGCUUUUCUUUGGCAUCAAAUACGUUGUUUAAUGGGAGUAUUAUUACUAGUAGGCCAAGAAAAAGAAAAACCAGAAAUUAUUUUAAAGUUACUUGAUAUUGAUAGUUAUCCAUGCAAACCUCAAUACAAUCUAGCUUGUGAAAUUCCUUUAAAUCUUUAUCACUCAGAAUAUGAAAAUAUCAAAUGGUUCUAUGAUAAAGAUGAAUUUAUAAAGGUUAUAAAAAUUUUACAACAAGACUGGUCAAUAAACACUGUGAAAUCAGCUAUGAUUAAAGAUAUGUUAAUGGAUUUAGAAAGUUUACAAAAUUGUACAGAUACAACAUUUCAAAAUGAUUGUUUACUUCUCGGUGUGCAUUCAAAAGUUUAUCAACCUUUAAUGGAAAGAGUAACUUGUGAAAGUUUAGAAAAUAGAAUAAAGCAUUACCAAAAAAAGGGUAAAUUUGAAUUAAUGAGUUUAAGUAAUAUGUAAUACUUACGAUUAUCGAUAUUUCGGUAAGAAAUGUAAUCUUUGAAAACAAAAAAAUGAGACUAAAUACAGUUAUAUCUAUUUUCAAUAUGCCAAACUUGUACCUUUACAUUUGAUAAUUACAGAUUAUUUAUCGUA